UGGCUUCAAACCCACUCCCAGCAAGGGAAGAAAUGUGGCACGAAGGUCAGGGUCCCUGGCGGAGGGGCCAGCGGGACUGGAGGGAGACUUACGAUAUGCAGUAGCGGAAUCCCGCUCACUCUGCUCUGUGCUGAUGAACAUCGUGAGAGCUGAGUAGGGAACGUGGAAACACUGGCAUGGAAGAGAGGCCGUCAGCCAGUCAGAUGAUGGACAAGCCCAUGUGGCUUCCUGCACCAACCCUACAGGCCCUGGGACCACCCUCAUGCCUCCCCACUGGCACCCAGGGGAGGGGCCCACACUCACCGUGACCAGCGUUUCAAACAGGCAGUAGAAAAGCAGGUACCACAGGGCCUGGCCCCGUGGGAAAUCAGGCACGAACCAGAUGAGGAAGUAAGCAAUGAUGGCCAGGGGUGUGGAGAAGAUGAUCCUGGGGAAAGGGAGGGUCUGAGUGGGGGCUGGAGGCCAAACCCCAGGAUCUGGGGUUAGCCUGGACUGCUCUGUAUUCCCACAGGGUGCCUGCCGAGGAAGGAGAUUCCUCCCCCCACCCUCCACUCCAAUACACCCACCCCAGGGUCUCUGGGUGGAGGCUGAUGGCCAAGCCUGGAGCCCAGACAGCAACAGGGCCCCUGGACCGAAAUCCUGAGCAUGGAGCAUGAGUCUGUGACAAGCCAGAUGGAAGAAUCGAGAAUUAGUAGACGUGCUGGAAGCCCUGCCUUCUGCCACCUGGAAGGCGUCUCUUCUACUCACCAGGGCAUGAGGCGGCCCAGGCGGGUCCAGGAAGAUUUGCUAAUGCAGAAGCCCACCAGGGGGUCUGUGAAGGCAUCCCACGCUCGGCCCACAAAUAGGAUGAUGGAGGCAAAGAAAGGUUCCACCUGGAAUGGGGAACAGGUACAAGAUGACCCCUUCAUCCUUCUACUCAUCUCAACCCUCAAAGGACCCCAGCCCGUGGGAUCUGCUCAAAAACAAGCUGCUUGAAUGAGGCUACUUGCCCUUGCUGCGGCUCAGCGGUCCCCACCUGGAAAUGGAUACAACUAAGGUGCUUUGCUUGCAGAGUCAGAUGCUACACAGAAAAGCCAGCCAGUGCGGCGUGCGGCCCUAAGAUCCACCGCUGGGGAGCUUCCCUCUCUCCCAUCCAAGCAAGAUGAAUUCUCAGGAUGCUAUACUCCUGGCCAAAGCUUCUCAAAACACAGAGGAGCCCUGCUUCACCCUAAGUACCUCUCCCAGUCAAAGACCCUGUGUACUGUGCACCUUGCCUGAGCCCAGCCCUGGGGGGCCCCUCUGCCCCCUGCUAUGCUUCUGCUUCUUAGGUGAAGAAGAGGAAAGGAUGAAAAAAGACCCAAGAUCCUGGCUUCCAACCUAGAAUGUUCUAAAGGCGGGACCAUCCCUCCAGCCAACUCUGCCAGGAGGAACAAGACUGCCUUGCCCUGUUCCCACCCAGAGAUCUCACUUCCCACAAGAAAAGAAAGCCAGAUUGGGAACCCCAGGAUACAGGAUGACCAUUCUCUGAGCCCUGACUCGGUGUCGGGCAGUCCUCGAGGAGUUCAGAGUCUAGAGGGAGAGAUCAACAGGUUUGGUUUCUGUCAUGUAUAACCAAGCAUCCUGACUGGUACUGCAACCAUCUCAGACAUCUGUGGACCAGAGAGGAAGUUACCAAAAGGCAGUUCCAAGCCUUCUGCUUUAGGACUGCAACCAAACCUAGAACCUUUCUGACCUGCACCUUCAUUCAGCACAAAGCAGAGCACACAGCCUGUCUCAGUAAACUCUGGUUGGCUGAAUCACUCACUGAGUCCACAAAUAUCUGCCAGAAGCUGUUCUAGGCACUGAGGUUCCCAAGCUAGUGAGAACGACUUGCUGCCUUCAAAGAUGUCCCACAUGCAUUUUAGACCCAAUAUAUUCAAGACUGAUGGUGUCAUCCUCCCUGCCUUUUCUCCCAACUCACACUUUUGGAUGCUCCAACCACAAUGAACCGCUUGCACUUCUCAUUUCCCUAUGCCUGGAUGCCAACAAUGAAACUGAAGUUCAGGAAGGUUAAAUCUGACGCUCCGAAGUCCAGCAUCUUCCUACCUCGCUUCUCCGAGGUCCGGGUUUGCACCAACCGCAGUGAAUUAACGGGCCAACAGGGAGCGGACAUGGACUUCGACUCGUACCAGCACUAUUUCUACGACUAUGACUGCGGGGAGGAUUUCUACCGCUCCACGGCGCCCAGUGAGGACAUCUGGAAGAAAUUCGAGCUGGUGCCGUCGCCCCCCACGUCGCCGCCCUGGGGCUCGGGUCCAGGCGCCGGGGACGCAGCCCCUGGCGUUGGUCCCCCGGAGCCGUGGCCCGGAGGGGGCGCCGGGGAAGAGGCGGAGUCCCGGGGCCAUUCGAAAGCUUGGGGCAGGAACUACGCCUCCAUCAUCCGUCGUGACUGCAUGUGGAGCGGCUUCUCCGCCCGGGAGCGGCUGGAGAGAGCGGUGAGCGACCGGCUCGCCGCCGGCGCCCCCCGGGGGAACCCGCCCAAGGCGCCCGCCGCCCCGGACUGCGCUCCCAGCCUCGAAGCCGGCAACCCGGCUCCCGCUGCCCCCUGCCCGCUGGGCGAGCCCAAGACCCAGGCCUGCUCGGGGUCCGAGAGCCCAAGCGACUCGGAGGGUGAAGAAAUAGACGUCGUGACAGUGGAGAAGAGACAGUCCCUGGGUGUACGGAAGCCGGUCACCAUCACGGUGCGGGCGGACCCUUUGGACCCCUGCAUGAAGCACUUCCACAUCUCCAUCCACCAGCAACAGCACAACUACGCCGCCCGCUUUCCUCCAGAAAGCUGUUCCCAAGGGGGGGCUCCAGAGAGAGGUCCCCAAGAAGAGGCUCUGGAGAGAGACGCCCCAGAGGAAAAGGAAGAAGUGGAUGAAGAGACUGUGAGUCGCCCCCCCGUAGAAAGCGAGGCUCCCCAGUCCUGCCACCCCAAACCUGGCAGUUCUGACACCGAGGAUGUGACCAAGAGGAAGAACCACAACUUCCUGGAGCGCAAAAGGCGGAAUGACCUCCGUUCUAGGUUCCUGGCCUUGAGGGACCAGGUCCCCACCCUGGCCAGCUGCUCCAAGGCCCCCAAGGUGGUGAUCCUGAGCAAGGCCUUGGAGUACUUGCAAGCCCUGGUGGGGGCCGAGAAGAGGAUGGCCACGGAAAAAAGGCAGCUCCGAUGCCGGCAGCAGCAACUGCAGAAGAGAAUUGCCUACCUCAGUGGCUACUAGGUGACCAAAAAGCCUGACUGCUCUGUCUUACAGAGACCUGAGUUUAUUUUCUAACCUUCCUUCUCCCCCUUAGUAAUUUGCACAUUUGGAUUAUGGAGGGACAGUCGGAACUGUACAUUCCAGAAGGUGGUGCGGCCUUAGGGGAGGCAGGGCAUGCCCUCCAAGGCAGGGCUCGCGUUCUUGGGAACCCUGAAACCCAGCUCUCCCUCCUCCCUGACUCCCAGGAGCACUGGGUCUUCUCUGGCGCCUUUGGCUUCUCAGGCAGGCAGCUGACCGAGGAGACUUGGGGUCGGCCUAGCUCACUAGCUCGGAAGAAAAGCCUGACAGAUGCUAUGCAACAGGUGGUGGACGUUGUCGGGGGGCUCCAGCCUGCAUGAAAUCUCACACUCCGGAUGAGCUUGAGGCUGGGAAAGGAUGCUCCCGCUGGUGUCUCUGGGGUGACGCUAGGACAGCUGGGCCCGGACGUCCUCCCUGAGGCUCUUCUUUCCAGGAGACACACGAGCUAUCUGGGGUGAAGACAAGCUCACAGACUUGAUCAACAUGGACCGUUACCUCACUGACAGACACUUUACAGUAGCUGAGGAGUUGGAAACCUUUAAUAUAUAUAUAAUGAUGUUAGCCAACACCCCUCCUCCCACUCUCAAUGCUGCGACCUUGAGAACAUUUAAAAGAGCUUGACCUCUAAAUUCUUUGUCUCCUGAAGCCCUCUGGGCCCUUUCCUCUGAGGGAGAAAGCAUUCUGUCCUCACAAGGGACUUUUUUGUUUCCUUCUGCCUUUGUUAUGCAAUGGGCUCUCCAGCACCCCUUUCCCAAGGUCAGAAAUAUUUCCCCAAGACACUGGGAAAUGGGUCCUACUAGACUGUGGCCUGGGGAAGGCUUGGAGUCCUGGCUGUGAACUUGUUAUCUGCCCAGGUGUUUUCCAGUUUGGAAUCUUUCCUCCAGGCAGAUGUCAGGCACCUCAGAGGGAGAACUAUACCACUUCCUCUUUCCCACUUCCCUCUCAUCUCAGAACCUGACUGGUAAGUUUGAAGUUCUACUAGAACCAUGCAGGCUGUCCUUCUAGGGCAACUCCAAGGAGCUUGCUUGCUGGCUUUGCAGCCACCCUCUGGCCCCUUGCCAGCCUGACAUGAGUCAGAUCUCUUUCCCAGAGUCUGGGCCUUACUGGAGUUCUUGCUAGGAGAGUUGCUGGGACUCAUCCAGGGCUCCAGAAGGUGGACUGGUUUCCUGGUGGGUUUUAAAGGAGCUUCCAGAAGCUCUGCUUAGCUGACCAUGGAUUUUGCCCCAGGUGAACCUGGUACCUCCAAGUGGAUUCCAGGUGCCGCCUCCAGUCUGGAAAGGCAUCCAACCCAACAGGUGUCCUAUGGGCCAAGCUCAGCAGCCCCUAAGCCUGGCCUGGAAGAAAGAUCAGCCCCUCCAGAACUCUGCCCAGGGCAGCAGGUGCCUACUGGCUGUGGUUUUAUAAGUGGAGGAGGGGAGGAUGGUGGAGCACUCUUGGGGGGUCUGGAGAGCCAGCUGCUACUUCCAAACUUAGGCACAAUGGUCUGUUUCUGAGGUUGCUUCCUCGCCUCGGAGAACCCCAGCGGAAGUUUGGAAAAAACCUCUCUACCUUCUGGAGUAUGGUUUUCGGGAGCCAACUGACUUCUGGAACUGUCUUUGGAGAACAGGUGGGAUGUAGGUUACUGAUGUAUCACCCGAAUAGCUUGUGUUUUAUAAGCUGCUGUUGGGUCUUAGAUUGGGAGCAAUGGUUUGUUUUAUUUGUGGGUUUUUUUUUUUUUAAUACUGUAUUUUUGUAUGCCUUUUGCAAAGUGGUGUUGUUUUUGUACAAGAAAAAAACUCUUGGGCAAUUCUCAUGUUGCAAGAGUCUGAUUUAUUUUGAAAGGCAAGUUUACCUGAAAUUUUGAAUUUGUUGUGAUUAUCAAUUGCCUGAUUUUAAAAUGUUGCCUUCUGGGACUUCUAAUAAAAGAUUCCUCAAACAUG